AUCAACACAAAGCCCCAGUAUGAUAAAAAGAUAAUAUGGAUCGGGGACAAACUGCGCAUGGAAGCGGACGUCGCAAAGGGUCUUUUCAAAGAGACAUGCGAAAGCGUCGCCAAACAUCUUAGAGAACUUUUCAGCCAGGGACAAGUUAAAGAUGUUCCUACUAUUCUUAUGGUUGGUGGUUUUUCAGAGUCUCCUAUGCUACAAAAGGUACUACGUGACACUAUGCCUGAUAAGAAAAUCAUCAUUCCUGCAGACGCUGGACUUGUAGUUCUGAAGGGAGCUGUUAUUUAUGGUCACAACCCGGACAUCAUCGGCGAAAGACGCUGCAGAUUUACUUAUGGCGUUCAGGCAUCGUAUCCUUUCAAGGAAGGCGUUGAUCCAGAAUCGAAGAAGUUCACAAAUGAUGCUGGCAAGGUAUUCUGUGCGGACAAGUUUGAUAAGCAUGUUGAAAUUGGACAAGCAGUUACUUGUGGAGAAGAUCAAGUCACUCGGUCAUAUAAUCCUACAAAAAUUAACCAGACAAAAAUUACAUUUUCUGUAUACGCAUCGAAAGAUGAGAAUCCCGUCUUUACAACUGAUCCCAACUGUACUCUUGUUGGUUCGUUGUCUGUUGAUUUACAUGGUUCUGGACUUGAGCGAUCGGUUACAGUUCAGUUGUCUUUCAGUGAUACAGAGCUUCACGUGAAAGCCGUAGAGAAAGCCACUGGCAAGGAAAGCACAGCAACAUUUGAUUUUCUUAGUUGAGUGAAAAUACAACAUGUACUUGUUUUAAUUUUAUAUAUCAAUGCUACGUUAUGGAAACUGGAUACGCUUCAUAUGUCAGGAUUCAUGUAUACAAUGUUAAGAUGUAUGUAUGUUUGAUAAAUGUAUGCUUUUAUUGUCCUCUUGAUAAUUCAUGUAAUAUUUUGGGAAAUAAAUCACCAUGGAAUUCUG